CUUUCAAAUCCCAGGGCAGCCGGUCCUUCAAGGCUAGCAUUGCAUUUUCAAUUAGCUGCUGAGUGAAGGCUUGGCAUGUGUAUUGGUGAAGAGGCACACAGUUAGCUUAUUGUUCCUCUCCGUAUUGUGCUGAGAGGAUCCAAAGAGCUGGUGGGGAACAGGCAAGCCAGGCGUCGUUGUGGAUGUUGAAGAAGGGAGUUACUCAAACCUCGGCACCUUCACUUGCUCAGGCGGGAAUUACAGCUGUUGAUUACAAAGCCCUGUGUGUGGCUUGGCGGAGUGUGCGUAAGGAAGUACAUCACAGAUACCACUUGGGGUUAGGUUUUUGAGCUCUUUCCAUUUUUGACGAAUUCUCAUCAUUAUCAUGGAGCCCAACAGCCCCAAAAAGAUACAGUUUGCUGUGCCCUUAUUCCAGAGUCAGAUUGCACCAGAGGCAGCAGAGCAGAUCAGGAAAAGAAGACCUACGCCAGCUUCACUCGUGAUUCUCAAUGAACAUAAUCCCCCAGAAAUAGAUGAAAAGAGGGCAACCAACACACAAGGAGAACCACAGAACGCAUCCCCCAAGCAGAGGAAGCAGAGUGUGUACACACCGCCCGCCAUGAAAGGAGUUAAACAUCUGAAAAGCCAAAACGAGUCAGCUUUCCCUGAAGAAGAAGAAGGUGUAAAUGAAAGAGAGGAGACACGGGACCAUUAAUGACCAGUCUGCACCUGGAAGGCCUCUUGGGAAUAGCUGAACUGUUGAUUUUUCUGGAUGUCCCAGGAAGCCCGCGGCUUGAGUAUCAGAAGCGUUCUCCAUCUCUGUGUUCCACAAGCUUGCAGCAGUCCUGCACCUCCUGGAACUCUAGAACUAAGUACCAUGGGCUACACUCCACAUCGCGUUAAAGUUUGCAAUGAGCAUUUAUUUUUUAGGGAUUUCCUUUUGAAAUUUGCAAACAUGUGACUGUUCUAACUUUAAUACUGCCAGAGCUUAAUCCCAUAUAUUCUCUUGAUAGGUUUUGCAUUCUAGAGUCAAGUGUAAAUAGCAUCACUUUAAUAGUAAGACAUAAAUAUUUAAUACUCUUAGACCUGAGUGUUUAUGUGGGGGUUUAACUUAAUGAGGAAUGUGCAAUGAACUUGUAAGACUAUCGUGUUUCUGUAUGUAGAACAGAGCACAGAACUUAUUUCAAAAGUUAAAGAAGAAAUGUUAGGUGUUUGUAAUUGGAAUCCUAUAAAAAUAUAUACACAUUUUCCUCCUCCAUCUGCCCAUUGGUGGUUACCUAAAGAACUAUAGAACUCUCACUUUCUAGGUUGUGCAAAUAUAUUUCCCAGCAUUUAAUCUGGUCAUUUAGAAAGAAAAGUGCUAACUCUCUAAUAAAACAUGAAAAAUCU